AUGUUAAAGGAGGCGGAGUCAGCUGCAGAAAGAGCGGCGCAACAUAGAAGGAAAAGUAAGUAAAGAUCAGAGUGGGCCCGUCACCUAAACAGCCCCACCAGCACUUUAGUGAUCGGAAUAUGGUUCAUUUAAUUUUUAUUGCACAGGGGUGGUAGGAGCAUGUAUAUAACUAGGGGAAGGGUCAAGUUAUAGUGUUCCUUUAUAUCAGAGGUGCCCAAAAGGUAGAUCCCCAGAUGUUGUACAACUGCAACUCCCAUGAUGCUUUGCAUGCCUUUAGAAUGCUUUUAGAGUGGCAAAGCAUCAUGGAAGCUGUAGUUUUACAACAUCCGGGGAUCUACCUUUUGGGCACAGAGAUACUUCAUCUCAUUGAUAGCAAAGUUCUAAGAGUCUGUAUCCACGCUUUCAAUGUAUCCAGGCUAAAAAAAAAUAAAAAAAAUAAUAAUUGGAGAAUGGGAUUUUCCAGAUUUAAUCAGUCCUGAUGUAAUAUAUCAGUAGGGAAUAUCCGACACGAAAGGUGUGGCUUGUCCCUAGUUUAUAAAGUAAAUGUUUGGUGUCCUCUCUUAUCAGACGUCCUAAGCUCAGUGUGAAAGGAUUCUGGCUGCAGACAGGAUUCAGCCCAACAUCAGUAUGAGCUAACAGACCUCAGACCUUCCUUUCACAGAGGGUGAAACGGCUCACAGAUUUUAGUUUCUUUUUAAACUGCGCUGGAGAAGUACUGCUUACAAAUCCUACACGUUUGUCAGAAGCUUAGAGACAGGCGUGCACAUGGCAAACAAAAAGAAAAAAAUACUAUCCUGGCUAAAAUCCCAAAAAAAGUCUGAAUCGUAUCAUCUUCUCCCAGAGGAAUUACCAAAAAACAAUCAGGCGAUGAAACAGCUGGGAGAAGAAUUUAAGAAGAUAUGUGCAGAGAUCAUACGAGGAACACACUUUAAGAAAAACUAUACCACAAAGGUCUACGUUGAUCAGGAAGCAUCGUCAGGUAAGUGAUUUAGAUGCAUAGGAGUGCGCAAGAGGGGCGGCAUGCACUAAUGUGCGAGUUUAAAACAGCUCAUCAUCUUGUCAGAGAGGUCACAAGAUCAAAACAUUUUUUGUUUUUUUUAUGUUUAUAUUCUAAACGUGUUUCAUUGUUAACUUGUUAAAAAAAAAAAAAAAAAGUAAAAAAUUUCGGCUUGUUUGAUGAAUUUAAAAACCCCAAAACCUUUAUUCUCUUUUCUUUUGUAAACAAAAACAACAACAAAAAAACGCAUACCCUGAUGAAUUGUACUGCACACCACUGUAGAUACGUAUUGAUAAUCUACAGCCGGGGUAGGCAACCUUUGGCAAUACAGAUGUUGGGGACUACAUCUCCACUGAUGCUUCGCCAGUAUUAUGGCUCUAGGAGGAUUAUGGGAAAUGCAGUCCACACCAUUUGGAGUGCCGAAGACUGACAACCCCUAAUGAGUAGCUCACAAUACGCUGAGUGUCAGGAAAGUAUGUUAACACCGUGGUACAUAAAGGGUUAACCACCUCCCAUCCCUGAAAAUGACGAUGACAAGGAUUCAUGCAUGUUUUAAGCAGCGAAUCUGUAAUAUCGGUUAUGAAGAUAAAUAUAUUAUUUUUUGCCAGGACAAAUAUUUAGGUACAUUUGUCACUAUUUUUGACAAUACAACAUUGUACUAAUUUUGCAUAAUUAUAAAAGAACAUACUAUAAGAUAUAUAUAUAUAUAUAUAUAUAUAUCUUUAUAUAUAUAUAUAUAUAUAUAUAUAUAUAAUCUAAAGAACGAAAUACUGUGCGCAGAAAAUACAGUAAAAAAAAUACUAAGAUUUUGAAAAAAAUAAAAAAAUAAAAAUUUAAAACAAAAUUUUUUUGAAAAAAAGCGGGUUUGAGUAGGCAGCCUCUGGUUUUUAAUAGAAUAAUUUUCUUUGGCGAGUAUAAUUUUUUGCCAAGCAGAAAGACAUGGUGCAGUACAAUGAACGGACAUUCCCAGGAAAAGCUACUAAUCAUGCACAUGCUGUUUGUUUGUAUGAGGUUUGUCGUGUUAAUUUAAACAUUUUUUGUUUUAUUGCUAAAUUAGUAAUCCCAUUAGGCUUGUACACAGCGAACAAAAAAUGUUUUGGGACGGCCCAAAUAUAAGCCAUAAGGCAGUUUGGCCUGUCCGAAUUCUAUUAAUGAAUAAAGAUUUGGGAAAAUGAAACAGGUGAACCAAAAUGGCGCGAUAGUGGCCCAAUUAGUACAUUAUAAUAGUGUAAUAUAAUAUAAUGUAUAUAUUUUACAAUAGACUGAUAGGAGCAUUUUCUUACCAUAUGGCUCAUAAAUAAAGUGAAAAAAGUAACCAAAAAGAGGGGGAAAAAGAGGAGUAAUUAAAAAAAAAAAAAUCUUUUAGAAAUUUACAAUACAGGAGUAUAGCUUUAGUUUUCGUAAAGGGACUCUCCAGUGCCUGGAAAACAUAUCAGUUUUCCUGUCACUGCAGGACCCUGCAGUGCCCCUCUCCUUCCCACCCCUAUCCCAUGUUGCUGAAGGGGUUAAAACCCCUUUAGUGACUUAUUCAGUGCUUUCCUAUGGAGAUUCUGGAGGUCCUCAUGCAUAGUGUCCUAUAACACACUUUUCAUGUUCUAAGAACAUGGAGGUCCCUCUAGUGGCUGUCUGAUAGACAGUCAUCAGGAGGACUUAACCCUGCAAAAUAAUUAUUGCAGUUUAUAAAACCUGCAAUAAUCACACUUGCAGGGUUAAGGGUAGUGGGAGUUGGCACCCAGACCACUUUCCUCCCUCUGCUGGCCACGAAUGGUUCCCUGUAUUUAGUAACUGUUCCCUUGCUGUCAAUCAGCUUUUUCCCCCAUGUAUAAACUUUUUUUGUGUGUGCCACUGGUAGAAUUUUGAAUGAAAACAAGCAUGCUCGCACAUUUCCAAAAUUAUUUAGUUUGAGAUUCAUUUUGAGAACCUUAAACGUUUCAGCUGACUGAAGUGGUUAGGAAACAAGCAGUCUAAUACUGGAUUCUUAGAUUAUCUUUUAUAAUAAUUAGUACUGAUGUGGUGCAUGUAGCUGGUUGAUCUUCCUGACCAGUAAUAUCCAUUUAGAUAAAAAUGAGGGGGCGGCAUGCGCAUGCUGACACAGCCUAAACCAGGUGUAGGCAACCUUCUGCACUCCUGAUGUUGUGGACUACAUCUCCCAUCAAACUUCUCGCGGGCGGCUCCCUUCCUAUGUAACAGCCUGCCUACCACCACCAGACUCUCCCCUAGUCUUCAAUCGUUUAAAGGGAAACUUCAGUGCCAGGAGAACAAUCCGUUUUCCUGGCACUGCAGGUCCCCUCUCCCUCCCCCCAAUCCCCAGUUGCUGAAGGGGUGAAAACCCCUUCAGUAACUUACCUGAGGCAGCGACGAUGUCCCUCGUCGCUGCUUCCUCCUCCGUCGCUGCUUCCUCCUCCGUCGCCGCUCCUCCUCCUCUGCAUUGCAUCGGCCGGUGGGCGAGACUGAUCCCGCCCACCGGCCGGGGAGACCUAACGCGCUGGACGUCCAGCGACGCUCUAGCACAGGUUUCCUGUGCUAGAAACCCGGAAGUGCCCUCUAGUGGCUGUCUAGUAGACAGCUACUAGAGGUGGAGUUAACCCUGCAAGGUAAAUAUUGCAGUUUAUAAAAAACUGCAAUAAUUACACUUGCAGGGUUAAGAGUAGUGGGAGUUGGCACCCAAACCACUCCAAUGGGCAGAAGUGGUCUGGGUGCCUGGAGUGUCCCUUUAAGAAGUGCCUUAAAAAUCCAUCUCUUUUGGAAAGCUUAUGGCCUCCCAGAGUAACCUCUAUCUCACAUACCUGUCUCUUGCUCUCUCCUAUAGGGCAGCACUCUACUGUCUCCUCCAGCUCUGCUUCACUCCCACCUUAUUUGAUUGCUAUUUCCUGUACUAUUGUGUUUUAUACCCCACCUCCUAUAGACUGUAAGCUCGUUUGAGCAAGAUCCUGUUCAACCUAUCGUUCCUGUAAGUUUUCUUGUAAUUGUCCUAUUUAUAGCUAUAAUCCCCCCCUCUUAUAAUAUUGUAAAGCGCUACGAAAUCUGUUGGCGCUAUAUAAAUGGCAAUAAUAAUAAUAAACGGAUAGGAAACCGGUAUUGCUUCUAUCAAUUUAUAAAACAUUCCAAUAAUUCUAUAAGAGGAGUGGCCUGCUUUUGGGGGAUAAAUGAUAUAUACAUUUAACACAUACUGGACAUGGGUGUAUGGAAUAAGAAUAGAACCCCCGAACCAGAAUGAGACAUUUCUGAUUGGAGUCCUUCUCCCCGAUAAGGGAGCAUCUGUCUAAAGCUGGAAGCACACACACAAAAACAUUGUAUCUGUAGGGAAGACGGAGAAUGGAUUGUAAAAACAGGACUGGUUGCUGCUUAAUGCUGAAACUGCAUACAGGGACUUUAUAGGUUAUUAUUAAUUUAUUAUGUCAUUGUUGUUACUUUAUUUCUUUACUUUUUACAUAAUUCAUUAUGCAUUAUUUAUGUAAUAUAUUAAAAAGUGGGUAAUUAUUAGCCUGUGUGUCUCUAGUCAUUCCGCUUAGUCUAACAAUCCUAAUUUAUAUUCUAAAUAUUUGAAUUGGUCUCUUUAGCUUAUUCAUCAAGUGAGCCCCAUCCUGAGACAAUUUCAAAAGUGCAGGUAAAAUUAUGGGACUUUCCCGUCCUGCCAUUUAAUGUCACAAGAUGCAAAGCGAAAAUAAAAAAAUGGUAAUGAGAUUGGCAGAAUGACAGAAAAUAUUCAUUAUUGAUUGAGUUUUGGGUGUGAGUUCAUUGUGUUGGGGGUGAUAUACUUUGAGUGAUAGAAUUAGAACCCUCAAGAUCUUUCAUAAUAAAUGUUAUCAUCGUCAUGUGAAAAGGGAAUUUUCCAUCCAGUUUCUCCUAGAUGAAUAUUUAUAAUUCUGUGGGUUUUAACCAGAUCACCUGCCCUGGUGGCUUAAUUACACCCAUAGACCACAGUGACGCAUUACGUUCCGCGCAUUGUAUUUUGUCAUAGUUGUAACAUGAUCUAUCAAACCAUUCUUUUAAUGUCUGAAGCACGAUCUUCGGUAGUGUUAAAGGAUUAUGGACUUCGGGGCCUCGUUAGAGGCGAAAGGAUUAAAAACGAAAUUUGUGGGGUUUGCUCAAAAUUUGCUCUUCUUUCUUUUUCCAACUACACCCGUGAGUUCUGGUAUCCGUGUGAAUGGAUAUGUAGGAUAUGUGCAAGGUGCGACUGUGAUGUAACCAAAGUGCUAAAGCAGUAGGCCAUGUUUAAAGAGCAUGAAUAGGAAUGUGAUAUCAGAUUAUAGUUACUUAUAAGAGUGUUUGUUUCUGACAAUGGUUGGUUAAAUUCAAGUGGCUACAUUCAAGGGAAGGGAAGGGUGGCUGGAUGGAAUAUGUGCUGUAGGGUGUUUGGAGUAAUAGGGUCUGUAGGGUAUGUGUUGGGGUAAGAAGGGAUGGUAGGGUGUGCUUGAAAUGGAUUUGAGAUUUAGGGUAUAUUCAGUGGGGUGGAGGCUGUAGGGGGUGCUUGGGAGGGAUAUGGGCAAUGGGCUGUAGGGUAAAUUUGGUGGGGGGUGGGCUCUAGGCUACGUUGUGGGGUAUAAGGACUUUAGUGUAAAUUUAGGAGAAAUUAUGAUUGUAAUGUAUGUAUGUGGGGGAUAUGUUUUGUACUGGAUGUUUGGGGUGUGGUAGGGACUGUUAUGUGAGCAUUGGGUGGGGAGAAUGGGCUGUCAGUGAGUUGAGGAGGUGCUUAGAUUAUAUCUUAGCAAAGAAUCAAUAAAUUGCUUUAAAUUAUAUCUGGAAAAGGGAUUCAACCCCAUAAUUAAUUUAAAGAACAAAUAAGAGACUUUCUUGUUGCAUUAGUAAAUUGCUCUCACUAUAACUCACAGACCACAGGUUCAUGUCACAAAGUCUUAAUGUGUCCCAGUACUUUUAAUUACAAAACAGAGAAAAAAAUGCUUUGUUUCUCAGAAAACUACAUAAAAAAAAUAUAGUGAAUGCUGGAGAAAACCACAACAUUUGGGAAGAUAUAUCAGAGUUUUCUAAAAAGUGUCUUUAUUUAUGGUCUCUAAUCUGUUUGUAUUAAUUAGAUUGUUCUAAAAAUGGUCUAAAAAGUUUUAGCUUUCUACCUGAAUUCUGAAUUUUUUUAUAGAAAUAUCGAUUUUGGAAAACAGACUGCCAAGUUUAGCAGGAAAUGGCAGGAAAUUGAGAAUGAAAACAUGACACUUUUCUGGUGGAAAAAAGUGAGGGAACGUUUAAAAAUGCAUUAUGUCGGUGGCGGGGCCUGACCGCAGAGCUGAGAGGAAGCAAACCUCUGCAGCUCCUGCUGACUGCCAAAGAAAAAGCUGAAUUUCACUAACAAAAAGACGAUUUCUCACUACAGAGAGGCCACCCAGCUCUUGCUGACACUGAGACGAAUAGGAUGAUACCAUCCAAGCGACAAUCCGAGCUGUGGCCACUCGCAACUACUCUGCGGCCUACAAGCAUGGCUGGCGUGGGGGAGACGGCCGCUCUCCCGCAGGCACUACAAACUGAGACCCUAAGACUGGACCUACAUCCCCCCCCCUGGACCGGCGGGGGUUAUCCCGGUCCACCCUCAUGCGAACCCCAAACAAAGCAGGGGACUCAAUACAUCGACACAGGGCCCUAACCCUAACACCAGAAAGACCUCUAAAAUAGCAGAUGCCUGCCACGACACCGGCCUCAGCCAAACAUGGACAGACACUGAACGCAGGCUGAACAAAAUAUUCGCCUCCUUCUGGGAGAAACUAGAGGCCCGCAUGCAGCCCCCAGUACCAGGGGCACUGCCCAAGGACCCGCCACGGAACCAGACGCGUGUGACCCAGGGGGGUAAGGCAGUGACCAAACCCGACCAUCCAUCCAUGGCGGGCAUAGCAAUGACCGCCUCCCGGCAACGCCAUAUGAACCCCAGGAGGGGCGCAAGACUCAAGAGAGCGACCGCAUCAGGAGGGCUAAUGAAGAGAUAGCAGCCCCCGACAGGCAAACCCAGCUCUGAACAUACCUUGGAGUACAUAUCCUCAGACAAGCACACCGCCUAGCGGCACAGGGGCUCCACGCUUCCCCAUACCCUGGAGAUGGAGCAAGCUGCAACGAACAGAGCGGCGGAAAUACACACAGCAUCGGCUAGGCAUCGGCUGAACCAGGACUGGGACAUAAUACCAGGCAAAGUGCCCUAUAUCUCUCACCUUACUAUGCUUCAGAUGAACACUCUCAUAAGAUUUAUGUACGCUCUAGUGAACUUAUUAUUUCGUUUAUGAUCAUCCAGGGGAUCGUAGGGGGGACAUCAAUAGAUGUUAUUCGACUAAACACUAUUUGCACCCACAGGUUGUAUAGCUCACAUUCAAGCAUGUAUAACUAUUAGCAUUUUUGCUUUAACCUAAUAUCAGUCUAGAUUGCAAAACCUUACGUACAAAUGUAUGAUAAGCACAGUCUAGACCUGUUUCUAGCUUACUAACUACUCCUCUAUAUAAAAAUAAAACGUGCAUUGUAUCUGCAGCCACACUGUUGAUCACCAAUGUUUAUUGCUAUGCUUGCACUAGCUAUUGUGGCAGUGCACAUCUGCUUGUUAACUCAUGCACAACCUAAAUAAAGAAUAAUAAUAAAAAUGCAUUAGGUCACAACAAUUUAAAAAAUAAAGAAUAUAAAUAUAAAUAAAUAUAUUCAGAAAUUAAUAUAUUUCCAACGGCAAAUACAUAUAUAGUGGCAAUAUAAAUAUAAAAGAUAUAAAAAAGUAAGAAUCAAAAUUCAAGGUAUCUGUAUGUGUUGUUGGACCAAAUCAGAGACAGGUUCGAUGUUUUUAUUUAUUUUUUGCACAUUCCAUUGAAUAUUGAAAAAUUUUUGUUUUUUCUUUUCUAGAAACGUUCUCGGAGCUUAUGAGCAAGAAGCUGUAUCGUGAAGCUUGUACUUUAAUUUCUAGGCUAGAGCAAACAGCCGUUGAAACCACAGUUACAAUGUUCCAAGAACUAGCAUUCGACAUGUGGGAGACUGUAGAGAAGGCUCUCAACGGUGAUCAAAGUCUAUGUGUACAUCUAAAAUCAGUGGCUGACUGUUUACAAUGGGUGAAAGAGGAAAGCGACCAUGAAGAUGCUCAAUGGAGUCCUAAAUCUUGGGACAACACAUUGGAAGAGCUAAUUAGUAAGCACAUCCGAGAACAGGUCUUAACUCAUGAAUACAAGAGGAAAGCUAAAAUGAACCUCAAAAGACACUUAGAAAUACUGGAGGGCAAUACUUUAAGGAACAUAAACAAAAAUAAAUCCCUUCUUGGAGACCUGUUUAUUGUAUAUUUGGAAUGCCUGUCUGUUUGUAUGCUACAACAUCUGUCAUCACUGGCAAAGGAAGACUUAAAUUACGAAGAAUCUGUUCUUCUGUAUAGAUGGGGAAUUGAAGAACAUUGGAGGUGGGUCUUACCAUUAGAUGUAUGUUUACAUUUGUAUCAGUAUAUGAUAUUCCCCAUGCAGGAUGAUUCAGAAUAUCCUGGAAAAAAGACUGCUUUUUGGAGGAGAAUUCGGAAAAUGCCAGAAUGGAAAACAGUUUUUGGUAAAGUAUUACGAUCAGCUAGACUUGUGCAUUUGGUUUCAAACGAUUUGUGAUUAGUCUGAAUUUUGGAUGACUUUCGUUACUCCAAAAUGCCAUAUGGACUAAUAGAAUGACUAAUAUAAUUCAGAGUUCUGUUCGCGGCAACAAAAAAUUGAAAAUGAUUUAUAUAAAAAAAUUUUUUACAGCAGAAGCCACUAAAUGUGGAUUUAAAAAAAAUAAAAAUCUAUAAUUCUGUAUUAUUUAAUGAAUAUAAAAUAGAGGAGUACAGAUUUUAUUUUUACUGCGCCUCCAUUUAUUUUGUUUUUGAAGCUCAUUUCUUCUAGCAGAUACACCCCUAUUGUGUUUUUGUAUUUAUAUUGGAAGAUUGAGGAAGUCUUCAGGGUAGAGUUUGUGUGCAUAAGGAAAGUUUGAUUCCAAUUCUUACUUGUACUGAUUCACUGUUUAAGGGUUGUGACUAAAACUCCAUCCCUCAUACUUGUGGACUUUAACAUCCCAAUCAACAACCUCAACUGCCCUGAUGCCUCCCGUCUGCUCUCUGUAACCUCCUCCUUCGGCCUCACACAGUGGUCUACUUCAGCAACUCAUACAGCAGGAAACACUCUUGACCUCAUCUUCACCAAUGUCUGUACCACCUCCAACGUUCCAUUUCCUCUGUCUGACCACCAUCUGCUGACCUUUGACAUCGGCAUACCCCGUACCCAAAUUUCACCACCCUCAACUCUCCAAUCUCGCAGAAACCUCCACUGCCUUGAUCUCCAGCAUUUCUCCACCAAACUCUUUUUACCCACCUCAAAUCUCACCUGCCCUAACGAUGCAACCUCAUUCUACAACUCCACUCUCUCCUCUCAACUAGACAUCAUGGCACCUCCUACAUUUAAAACACAGCAAGCAUUCCCAAUUGCAACCCUGGCACACCAAGCUGACCAAUAUCUCAAAAAAUGUUCCAGAACUGCUGAACAUUGUUGGAGAAAGUCUCACUCUGCAUCUGACUUCCUCCACUAUAAAUUUAUGCUGCGCUCCUACACUCUGGCUCUUUUCUCUGCAAAAGUAAAUUACUUCAACACCCUCAUAAGCACACUGUCCUGCCAACCCAAAUGCCUAUUUCACACUUUUAAUGCUCUCCUUCGCCCUGUUGCUCCCCUCCCCCUACCACCCUGUCCGCUUCGAACUUUGCUACUCACUUCACAGAGAAGAUUUCUACAAUCAGGGAAGAGAUCUCUAACCUCUCUCCAUCCCCUUCCAAUACAUAACCCAACCCCACUCACUCCAUUGUUCUAUGCUCAUUCGCACCUACUAAAACGGAAGCGGUUUCUGCUCUGCUCCGGUCCUCCCGCCCCACCACCUGUUCCCUUGAUCCUAUUCCCUCAUAUCUGGUCUGCACUCUGUCUCCCUCUCUUGCUUUUCCUCUGACUAAAAUUUUAAAUCUCUCCAUUUCCUCCUGCACAUUUCCUUCACCCUUCAAGCAUGCAACCAUAACGCCAAUUCUGAAAAAGCCCAGCCUUGACCCAAACUCCCCAUCCAUCUACCACCCUAUAUAUCGCUACUACAGUUUGCCUCCAAGAUCCUUGAGAGAGUUGUGUAUGCAAGAUUGGCAGACUUACCCCGAAUCCAACUCUCUGCUUGACCCGCUUCAGUCUGGAUUCCGUACUAGUCACUCUGUUGAAACAGUUGUGACCAAAUUAUCCAACGAUUUAACCGCUGCUAGAUCUCGUGGCCAUUCCUCUAUCCUAAUUCUCCUUGAUCUUUCUGCUGCCUUUGACACUAUUGAUCAUCAAUAGCUUCUUCUCAUUCUCAGCAAUCUCGGUCUACAAGAUACUGCUCUCUCCUGGUGCUCCUCCAACCUCUCCCAGCGCAGAGAGAAGAACCAAAUGUAAACCCCAUCCUGUAUCAAGUGAGUGUUGUAGAACUAAAAGGGUAGCUCCAAGCAUCAGAUCUCUUGUUCUGGGCUGGCUGAUGACACUCAUAUGACACUGCCAGAGAUGAAGUUAUACUUCUGUUAGCUGAGGGGGUAAACUUUGCAUACAGGGCCAGAUAUGCCAUAAAACCACCAAGGACACAGCCUCGGAGUGGCACACGGGAGAGGGGUGGCCCUGCUGCAACCGUGCAUCGUUGGCGGUACAGCAGGAGUGUUCAGGCUAGAAGGAUUAUAGCUCUUUCCCCAUCUCACCCGGUACCUGCAGCGGCAGGUUUCCUCUCCCCUGCAGUCAGCUUAAGGAACUACAGCACAUGGAAAGGACAUCAGUGUCAUAACCCCCUCACAACCUCCUGUACCUUCCGCUGCCUGCAAGUAGAGGAAAACAAGAAAGCGAUGGGGAGAGGGCACAGAAGAUAACAAGCGAGCAAAGGGGAGUAAGUGGUGGAUUUGGGGGGGGGGGUAGGAGAACAGUUGUGUGAGGAAGGAGGACAGAAGAGCAGAACAGGCGAUUGAAGGGGAAAGAGAAGAGGGGAACAAGUGAGGGAAGUGGGGAGAGAAGGGGGGAAGAAGAGGGGAACAAGUGAGGGGAGGGGGGAGCGGGAUGAAGGCAAGAAUUGGAGACAGAGGGUUAUGCGGAGAGGGGAAUAAUUGGGGAAAGGAAGAGAGGAACACAUGUGAUAAAUGAAUAGAUGAGGAUGGAGAAUGAAAAAGAUAUAGAGGGGCAGAUACUAAUAGAAACAGUGCACAAGUACACCCACAUAUACACGCUAAAUACCCACGUAAGCACACUGACACUUCACACAGAUAUGCUUAUGCAUGCAUAUACUGGCACUCUAUAAAAACACACCACUAUUUUCACACACUAGCACUCUAUGAUGGGCUGAGGGGCAGCAGGGUAAAUCCAUCUAGAUCUGUACAUGUUUUAAAACGAAACAAUGAACAUGCAGUCUCCAUGCACCAUUUCAAAUCACUUAAAGGACCACUCUAGGCACCCAGACCACUUCAGUGGUCUGGGUGCCUGGUCAUUCUAGGGUUAACCCAUUUUUUCAUAAACAUAGCAGUUUCAGAGAAACUGCUAUGUUUGUGAAUGGGUUAAGCCUUCCCCUAUUUCCUCUAGUGGAUGUCUCAUUGACAGCCACUAGAGGCGCUUGCGUGCUUCUCACUGUGAUUUUCAAAUUACAAAUGCUUUCCUAUGCGACCGGCUGAAUGCGCGCGCAGCUCUUGCCGCGCGUGCGCAUUCAGCCGACGGGGAGGAGGAGAGCUCUCCGCCCAGCGCUGGAAAAAGGUAAGUUUUAACCCCUUUCCCCCUCCAGAGCCGGGCGGGAGGGGGUCCCUGAGGGUGGGGGCACCCUCAGGGCACUAUAGUGCCAGGAAAACGAGUAUGUUUUCCUGGCACUAUAGUGGUCCUCUAAGUGGUCAUGGUGCUUAGAGUCAGCCUUUACAGAUUCCUUUCAAUAUUUUACUGUGACCAGAUUUUUUUUAUGACCAAGAGGUCUACUCAGAAUAUUUGCUGUAACACACCCCCUAGCCUUAAACCUCACCAAGCAGCCAUCUUCAGCCUGGGUGUCAUGCAUGUUCCCAAGAGACUAGGUAAAACAUCUUUUUGGGCUACCAAUUUUAGCAUAAGCUCAGUCAAAGCAUUACAGGGUUGGUCACUAAAGUUUAAAUUACCAGGAAUUUAAAGUUAAUUUCAGAUUUUAGUUCAAACUAAAUGAAACGAAAACAUAGCCUGACUUUCAGAGUUAAGUCAAAUUUGGCUAUGGCAGCCCAAAAUGUUUGGGUGAUUAUCAAGUGAUUCAUGUAUGCCUCUGCCCACUCAGAGACAUCUGUUUAGAAUACAUCAUUUGGGAGUUUUGGAAACUUCGUUGACAACUAGAGUGGGGUGAUAUAUUAUGCAGUGGCGGAUCCAGAGCCUGAUCUCGGGAGGGGCACUUGUAGAUUAUUUAAAGAAAUAAUCCAGACACAAUAACCACUACAGCUCACUGUAGUGGUUAUGGUGUCAAUAGUGCCAGGACCCCCUCCCAGAGUAAGUAGUUAAACCGUUUAAGAACAGUUUGACAACUUACCUGAGGUCUGCUGGGAAAUGGGGCAGUAGUAGGGCAUAGGAGCAGUGGUGUGUGUGAGUGGUGCAAUGUGUGUGUGUGUGUGUGUGUGUGAGAGAAGGUUGUAGUAUGUGUGAGGGCGGCAGUGUAUGUGUGGGACAGUAUAUGUGUGUAACAGUUGCAGUGUGUGUGAGUAUUGCAGUGUGUGUGUGUAUCGGGUAGUGUAUGUGUGUAGAGUGUGUGUGUAUGGGGGGUAGUGUGUGGGGGCAGUGCAGUGUCUGUGUAUGGGGGGCAGUGUGUGUGUGUAGAGUGUGUGUGUAUGGGGGCCCACACACUAAGGAGGCCCACCGGGUGGCUGUAACAGUCACCUGGGGACUUAUGGAACAGUUUACCAGGAAUUAUUCUUUGAGAAGGCAGUGGAGGCAAGAAGGGGAUGGAGCUCUGGCCUUAAGAGCCUGCUCAAAGACCUUUAGAUCUUGCCUGCCGGCCACGGUUCUAUUGGAGGCAAUUACACAGUCCGGGGACAGAUCCUCUGUGCUAGAGCAGGAAACUUUAGGGGAGACAGAAGCGGAGAAUUGGAAGGUAGCCACAGCAGCCUCAUUUUGAAGCUCUGUAACAGGAGCAGGGUUAGCCAGGGCUGUGAUGGUGCCAUUGGUCUGGUUAGGUGGUCAUUUUGGUCCAUUAGCAUGCAGGGUUGUACCACAGCAACAAAGGUGUUUCAUAGGCUGCCAUGGAGGACUUGCUGGAUGGUGACACAGAGCCCCCACAUGGCUAUGGUUAGGGCGAGGAGGACGUAUCAGGCAAUAGCGAAUAGUGGCCUCCCUUGCCACAAUAGAAGCAAAGGACUUUGGCUCUCCUUCUGGCUUUUUUAUUUACCGUGAGCAUGGUAUUCAGUGUUCUAAUUUGCAUGGGUUCCUCUUUGUCCAUGGUGGGGAUAGGGGUAUAGGUCGCACCAGCAGGUUUGGAACGUUGAUGGGGCAAAAAGCUGGUUUCAAAUGGUUCCUGCUUUCUUUCUCUGAACCACUGGGUGACCAGAAGGAACAGGUCUUCCAAUGAAGUGGGUACCCCAACUCUGGCUAGUUCAUCUUUUAAUGCCUCAAACAGACCCAAUCUGUAUUGCUCUAUUAGACCAGUCUCAUUAUAACCGGUGUCAGCAGCUAGCUCCUGGAAAUCUGAAGUAUAAUCCUCCACUGGUCUUCUCCCUUGCCGGAGGGAACGGAGGGCAGUGCGUGCAGCAGAGGGUCUCAGGGUGUCAUUGUAUAAUGUAUGCAUUGCUGCAGCAAAGGAGUCCCAUGAGUACAGUAUUGAACUGUUUGUGUGCAGGAGUUGGUGUGCCCAGGUUUGGGGUUUACCCGACAGCAGGGCAAUAGUAGUGCAAACCUUCACAUAAUCAUUGGGGUAUGUGAGUGGUUUUAAAGUGAAGAGCAGUUUGCAGGCUGUGAUAAAUGAUCGCAGUUCAGUCUUUUUCCCAGUGAACUUGUCAGGUAAUGCAAUAUCAGGUUCAGGAGCAUGGUGUGUGUUCCCCUUUAAAUCAGCAUAGCCACGCUGCAAUUCACUUACGGUUUCAGACAGGAGGGUCCCUUGCUGUGUGAGGGUACUCAGGACAUUCAUCAUGUCCGCGGGCUCCAUGGUAGUCGAUCUGGUCAUUAUGUAACAGUCAAAAUAUACAAAAAGUAUAUAGUUGUGUAGGCGCUUCCAACCUUAAAUACAAACAAUAUGAGUGAGUGUGAAAAAAGGUGUAAUCCCUUAACACCUAAAGACAAAGUAGAAAAAUUAAAUAGAUAGAUUCACACACACUCAGGAAAAGUAUAUACAAAAUAUAUACAUAAAUAGGUAUACCACCUAUUGUAGACGUAAAUAUGUUGGUUACAUCUGAAAAACAAAUGGAACAUACAUAGUGCUUUCCAUAUAAAUUAAAAUAAACAAAUUAUAAUAUUUGCGGAUUAAACUCACAAAGGUGGAGCCUCAUAGGCUCUAUGUACAUCACUCUUGGGUGCCUAUUCAGGCUCUCGAUAGAUUCCUGUUGGAAGAACUCGAAGUCCACAGUAGUAGAUGCAAAUACAAAUUUAUUGAAAUAAAAUAUUAAAAGAGAAUAUAAAUAACUAGGGACAAGGCAGGUAUAAUCAUGGAAUAUAAUACAGUAUUGCACCGCAAAUAUGGCCAAAAAUUAAAAGCAGUGGAACACUACAAUACAUAAACAGUAAGAAAAUACCGCCAGGAAAAAGUCCCAAUACUUUUUUUACUGGACUUCUCUAUUGGGACUUUUUCCUGGCGGUAUUUUCUUACUGUUUAUGUAUUGUAGUGUUCCACUGCUUUUAAUUUUUGGCCAUAUUUGCGGUGCAAUACUGUAUUAUAUUCCAUGAUUAUACCUGCCUUGUCCCUAGUUAUUUAUAUUCUCUUUUAAUAUUUUAUUUCAAUAAAUUUGUAUUUGCAUCUACUACUGUGGACCUCGAGUUCUUCCAACAGGAAUCUAUCGAGAGCCUGAAUAGGCACCCAAGAGUGAUGUACAUAGAGCCUAUGAGGCUCCACCUUUGUGAGUUUAAUCCGCAAAUAUUAUAAUUUGUUUAUUUUAAUUUAUAUGGAAAGCACUAUGUAUGUUCCAUUUGUUUUUCAGAUGUAACCAACAUAUUUACGUCUACAAUAGGUGGUAUACCUAUUUAUGUAUAUAUUUUGUAUAUACUUUUCCUGAGUGUGUGUGAAUCUAUCUAUUUAAUUUUUCUAUUAUGUAACAGUCACCUGGGGACUUAUGGAACAGUUUACCAGGAGUUGGAGCCCAGUUGCAGGAGAUGGCACAAGGAGGAGAUAAAAUCCCCAAAACACAGAACAGAUAAAGGGGUUAUCCAAAGGCAGGGUCAGACGAGAAGCAGAAGUCAGGGCUGGCAGGGGAGUAACGUAGUUGGUAAAGCAGGCAGAGGUCACAGUCCAGGAAAUCAGUCAGUAAUGUAGCAAAGAUCCGGCAGGAAACACCAAACAGGCAAAAUGACCAGAUACUAGGUUUCAGGCAGGGCUGGCUUUUACAGCCUGCUAUUAGGUGCAGCUGACCCUAAUUGGAAAAGGGCUGCAGGUGGAUCAGUGCUGCUUAAUCCAGGCAAACGGUCAGGAAGCAGAAAAAAAUGCAAACAGAAACUGAAGCCCCCUGGUGGAUGUCAUGGCAGAGAACCUGACUGGGAUGCUGGAGCUGGAGUUCAAAGCCAGCCAGGUCUCUUAAAGGGGCAGCCACGCCUUGCUGUCUGCAGGGCUCGGGCUGUGCCGUGACAGUGGCCCAUUCACUAAGGGCCACCUGGCGGGCGUUUGUAAGCAGGGGGCCGGUUCCGCGCUGUGACCCUUUAACAGCACAAUGGGGCCCCUUGCUUUUUGGCAGCAUGCGAGGAAGUGACAGGUGCAAGUCACUUCCUCCCAGAGAGAGUAACACAGGAGAGACCAGGAAGGCAGAGAGGAGGGGGGCUGGGCCGCUAGAGUCAGUCGGCAAUCCCCAACAGCCUAAGCCACCACCCUGGACACCAGGGAAGCCACCCUCCAAAGUAGGAAACUGGAGGUGGGUUUAAAAGUAUGUCUGUCAGUGCAUAUGUCUGUGUAAGUAUGUCUUGCACAUCUUUACUACUCCACUGUAUUAGGGUGAAAGGUGUGAUUGCAUGCCAGAGAGUGGGAGGAGACAGAUUCCAGGGGGCCCAAGAAAAUGCUUUGCCCAGGGUCCUAUUAAUAUUAUAGAUGACCCUGAUUACAACAUUAUAUAAAUGCCUUCUAUAGGUGUCCUUCCAUUUCGAGUUAUGGCUAUUCCGCUCUCUUUAUGAAAUUCUAACUGUAAUAGAAUGAAAUAAAUAUCUGUUAAAUGUUUGACAAUAUAAUGUAGUCUGUAGAUAAUCAAGAUUGUCAAAUGUUAAAAGUGGAAGUAAAUACUAGUUUGGUAAUACAGUGGGAUUUCCCCUACAGUCUAUAAUAAAGUUUGGAAUUUCCGUGACAGGCAGCUGCCCAACUUUAUAACGACUUGCUGCCAAGGCUUCAUGCCAACUACAGCCUUCCUGACAUUAUCCUGGAAUGUACUCAGACAGAGUCUCUAACUUUUAUAAAAGUAUCUUCAAAAAUUCCAGUAUUGUUAUAAUGUGACUUUUGCACCUCUUUUUAAAUUAGUAUUUUCAAAGUAACGUUUAGAUGCACACUGGAAUGUUAUGUUUUGUGCACACCAAUGGCUACAUGUGGGUAUUGGGAGUUGAUACACAAUUUUUGCAUUUUAAGGUGGUAGUAUUUUAUUUCCGAGCAGAUUGUUGCUGCUGUUACUACAGCAACCCUAAAAAUUUGGGGGAAGACAGCCUAUCCGAAUCGUACCUAGGUUACUUGGUACAUGGAGUGAAAAUGUAUGUUGGCCCCUGCAAAAAAAAGCUAAACACAGAAGCUAAAACUAUGUUCCAUUCCAUGACCAAAGCCAAGUUCUCCCUCAGACCUACAUGCCUGAUGUCAAUCCCCCCACCGGGGGGCAAAAGGGAGGCAGGAAGCACAGGGAUGGCAUGGAGAGGGGAGGGGAGGGGCUGGAGGAAGGGGUCGCAUGCCAAUUUUGCACAAAAUUGACAUUGGUCAGCCCCAAAGUUUGCUCCGACCUGGCUAUUGAUGCUGCUAGAGGUGGAGCUUAUAACAAUGGCUGACAAAAAAAAAAAUCAAUAUGGAGGAGCCAAGUUCUAAAAUAGUAAUACAUAUAACAGUACGGCUUCCUACAUUCAUUUUUAUUUUGUCAUCCCUCAUAAACACGUGUUUAUUAAAUAUAAGAUAAAACUAAUAUUAAAAAAUCCUGGAACAAGCCAUUUCCCCAUAAAAAAGCAUGCAUUGUAGACAAUUUGCAUCACCUUUGGCUGUGUCACUGGAUGUAUUGAUGGAAUGUUACCAAAUUAAAUAUAACACAAUGGCAAAAGCAAUUGUAAUCCACUUCACUGUGCAAAAGAGUAAUGUAAGCCUUUUAACACCUUUUUUUCUUGUAGGCAAGUGUUCUGUCUGAAAGAAUCUAACGCUUUUGAUGCCUUGUUUAAUAAAUGGUUGAAUGACACUGCAAGUAAGAUUAUAUCCACUGGAAAGGUAAGUAAACAAGACACUUCCUGCGGUUAGAGCAUUAUAAUGAAUACCAACGCUCAGUAUUGGCAUAAAAAUAACUAGCAAAACCAGUUUUGCAUUGCUACAUAUUACUUAGUGACUCAUAUUCAUUUUGAUAAGACACAAGAAAAAAACAACAAAAAACUAAACACAAUGCGGUUGCUUGAAAGCGUGAUAUUUGCUUCCAAGCACUAAUAGGUGUAACUGCCAUUUUAGGGCUUACGGCUUUGACGUUAGAGACUGCAACAAGCGUAGGAAUGAGUACUAAGCUAGCUAUGGAUUGUGCAUUUAAUUUAUUUUCAAAAUACUGAAUUAUUAAUUUUUAUUUACUUAAUGUAAAUCGGGUUUCAAGGCACAGCUUGGCAUGUGAUGUAAACUAGCAAAAUCCCAUGAUGCUGUGCAUCCAGACCUUUAAACAAGCAGGUGUACUCUUGGGUAAUUUAAAGUAUUCUAUAAGUGUAUGGCAUUAUAUUUUUAAAGAGUAACUGUUACUUUCCAGGAUGUUUAUAAAAUGUUUACUAUAUAUCCUGCAACUGGGCGCCUCCAUCUUAGCUCCCUGUCAAUCAUUAUGAUAAGCUCCAUCCUUUGCACCUGGCAGUCAGCAUAGAGAGAGCAUGCAGAUAAGAGGAGAAAAACAAUGUUUCAAUUUCUUCUCUUUAUUUGCAUUGUGUGCCCUGUCUGAACUAGAUUGUGAUGUAAUUUGCAAUGUGUUUAAUACAGAUUUGAAAGAAAACAGAGCUUCAUAACAAAAAAAAAAAGUAGUACAAUUUAUAGGUGAUUUUUGAUGUGUCAUUUAAUAGUGGAAUUUUCAGAGAAGUAGUGGAUCCCUUUUCAACCAGCCAGCUGUAACAAGUUGGUGAGUUACCAUCAGGUACAAGCAUACAGACUACAAAACAACUGACAUUGUGAAAUAGGGCUGCACUACAUACACACGCAAAGCACCAUAAACACUGCAGGAUGGUUUGCCAAUUUAUAUGGGUCCUAUGGACACCAGCAGGCUAUAGUGGUUGUGUUGUUUGGUGUAUUUAUUUAACAAAGUGAAGAAAUAUGGAAUCUUCGUUAGAAUUAAUGUUAUUUAUCUUGAUUUCAGAAAACCAUUUAUACAGCGCGACGUGAGAUGCUUGAGGAGGAAAUGAAAUGGAAUAUACAACAAGAGCCUGGACCGGAAUGUAACUUUAAUGGCCUAUUGAAGGUAUCAGACACCAUUCUGACAGAUGCCACAACUUCAAUUUAUUUAGAAGGCCAGUCUUGGUUCUAAUAUAAAACUUCUCAUCAGCAACCCUAGACAAGUCCUUCACUAAACAAUGAUUUAUGGAGAAUUUAUAGAAGAUUACAUGUUGUGCAUGACAAAUACCAUCAUUCUCAGCCAGACCAAUCUUGACUGAGAAUGAUGUUAGUAGUAGCUGUCCAUUGUUAUGGAGGUAAAGAGAAUGACCAUACAUCGUGACAAGCAGAUAGAAUAUGAAUGUCAACGUUUACUAAGGCUCUUCUGAAAUGACAAUAUAUAAAACAGGAACGAAACAAUGAAACAAGACAUAUGGUGACUUAAAUAACUUUUUUUCAAAUGAAUUGCUUCCGCAGUCAAAAUUUCCCUUCACUUGUUUUGCCAGUGAAAUAGAUGAACACAUAACAGCAUAUCAAUUUUUUUGCUGUGAAUAGAGGGAUUGCAAGUCUGCAAUAAUAUACCACUAUGGGAAAAACUGCAAUUCUAGACCGGGAGCUGAAUGUUUGUUAUGGGCCUUAUUACAUGUUUUGAUGGGCGCAUUAGCUAUGAGUUUUAUCAUAGUUUUAGCUAAAAAAAAAUAAUUUUGGUCCUGGUUUCAGAUUGAGCACACUCUGAUUUGGCAUGGGGAGGGUUUGUGGGAAGAAGGGAUGGCGGGAUAUUUAACAAAAAAGAGCAGACGCCGCUCCGAGUCUUCACUACCUCAGUCAGAAAGCCGAACGCUCUUGCUUUGGAGCGUUCUUCACUUCUGAGCACGGCCAUGCAGUGUAGGGUUCUGUAAUCUCCCAAUAUGCCCUCACACUGCACAUUACUGGGGGCUCUGUAUAACCCCAGUGCACCCUACAUUACUGGGGGUUCUGCAAUACCCCGCACUCACUGCAGUUGCCCAUACUACUAUUUUAUUUUAAAUUUACAUGAUAAGUCCAUCUUCUACUCUGCUCUGACAGAGCUUGGUGUUGUACUCCAUGCAAGCAUCUUAUGAUGAGAUUGUCUCAACUCGUCAAACAAUACAGCUCCAUUGGCUUCAACUCUCACUAAAUUCAUCCAAAUUCAGGCUCAGCAAGAUGACUAGCUGUAAAUCACAGCAGAGGAACCUUAAAAUAGAUGUGUAGUUGCAGUGUGUAAAUGUGAAAUAGUUGUAUCCUAACUUACCACGAGCGAACUGUAUGUUAUCUUACCCAUCCAUCACAAUUCCGGACCUCCCAGUGUUGGGAGGUAUAUUAUCAACAUCUAGCAAUUUGCUCUGGAAUAGCUCCUGUUUCUCUCGAUAAAUCUCCCCCAGAUAUCAUGAGGAUAUCAACUGUAAUUUAGGUUAAUGCAAAUCCUGCACCAGCAAGUAUAUACGCAAAGGUAGACUUGGCGGUGGGUCAAAGUGUCAGACUACAUACAAAAAAUCCAGUGAUCGGGUAAUUCACUAAACUAAGGUUUUUAAAUUUUGUGGAAUAUUUAUCUCAUCCAGCUAUGUUUUCAAAUAAAAUUAGCAAUUCUGGUCAAUUACAGAAAAUUGCCAGUUUCCUGAAUAACCCCAUAAGAUACCACUGAAAUGUUAAGAUUUAAGCAAAUUGGAAAAAAAAGCUUCAUAAAGAUUACAAGCUACAACCCUAAAUUGGUGUACAUUUUGGCUUUGACAUCAUCAAUACUGAAGGUAAAUCUUUAUUUGUAUAAAGCUUUGUUCAUAAAAAAAAAAAAAUAUCUCUUUGAUUAUAGAUGACAUUUAAUAUUUGAGAUUCCAAUUUUUUUUUGUGCCAUUAAUGUGUACACAGAUGCUAAACAUGUAAAAUGACAUUUGUCUAACAUAUAUAUUUUAGGAAGCAAUGGAUGUACUCAAGGCCGUUGAAGAUCUUGGUGAUAAGUUAGUAUCGGAUGUUCGAGGAGUAUUUUUGGAUGAAGUUCUACAGUUUUUGAAACGGUAAUAUUUUUCCUCUGAGCUUCAAUCUUUUCAGAAAUGUUUACAGAAAUGUUAUUCUGGUUCCAAGCGAGUUUACAUUAUUUGGAGAUAUGGUGAGCUGUAGAGUGAAUGGUUAUUGGAAGGGCCGCUACAGUGUAAACUUUUGUCAUUGGCCGAUAAAAUAACAAUUAGGUGCAAUAUUCUUUAGAAAACUCUUAAAGUUUCAACGCUCGCUUGGGUAGAACUUUAACAAUAAAAAUUUAAAUGUUCCUAUGAAAGCAUGCACUCUAGCUUCUGCCAUAUGGUUAUUUGGUUGAAAUCUGGAUUUAUUUAAAAGGUUAAUUUAAAAUGUUUAAAAUGUAUAGUGGAUCCAUACUGGGAUAGAAUUUGUGAGAUAAUUUUAUUAUAUUGUUACAGUCUAUAGCAUUGAGAACAUAUUUAUAGAGAGCUCAAGUAUCUUACCUAGGGAAAACCAAAGACAAGCAAAUAUUUGUUAAAUAUUAAUGGUUAAACUAACACUUAUUUGCACAAGUAUCAGGUACAUGCAGACAAGUCAACUUUAUACUAUCAGUGUAUGAUCUGUUAAGAAUUGGUUCACAUUAACAUGUGUAUCAGAUAUCAUAACCAUCAAGGUAAAUAUGCCAGUUAUGUAAUUGUUGCUGAAAUGUAACCCUAAAAUUAAAUGCACCUUGUUAAUACAUUGUCCACGUUGUAUAUGGAAAAAAACGAAACAAAACCUCAGACCAUGGAAAGAUAUAAUAAAAAUAUAAGAAAUAUAAGUUAGUCUGAAAUACAGCUCAUUGAAUACCACAGGCCUCCAAUACAAUUAGUUGAAGUGAACGUAUCACCAGGUUAGGAGGUCCAGGAAUAUUUCUGGUGCACACCUCAUGUUUUUCACAUGUCUUCAUAGCUAGUUGAUUUAUUAUCUAUCCCUUGGAGGCAGGGGGAUAAUAUUGAGCUAGAAAACACAACUAUUAGUGAGAUGAACAGAGGCUAGUUACAAGCAUGCACACUCAAUGUCUACUUUUGUAGGUACACCUUUCUAUUACUGGACAGGUCCCUUUUUGACCUCUGACCAGCUUGAAUUAUGCAUGGCAUUUACUCAACCAUAUUCUCGUAAAAUGCAUUAGAGAUUGCGGUCUAUGAUUAGUAUCGCAGUGUCACAUAGUUGCUGCAGAUUUGUUGUCUACAAAUUCAUUUUUCAAAUAACCCAUUCCACCACAUUGUGAAGAUGUUCUGUUGAAUAUGUUGACUGUGAAAGCUAUGGCAGUACACUGACCUCAUUGUCUAGUUUGUAGACAUUUGGCAAGACGUGCCACUCAAGGUCUUGUCUGUAGACAAUUGAAAUGACAUGCCUAUCAUUGUCUGGUUUUUGUAGACAGUUUGAGAAGAUGUGUAGCCUUCUGGAAGUGGAUACAGAAGAUGGUUAGACUUUGGCCCUAAUGAAAUGUAGAUUGUCCGUAUCAAUGCAUUUAACUAAUGCUCAGCUGGUAUUCACGGCCAGAUGAAUCCAUGGUUCAAUUCAAAUUCUAACCCUACCAGCUACCUGUUUGAAAUCUAUCAAGGAUUUUCCAAUUUCUACUGCCCAGUUUUAGUGUACUGUGCCCACUGAAGUCUUGGUUUCUUGUUCCUAGCGGGCAGGAGUGGAGCUCGGGUGGUUUUCUGUUGUAACCUAUUAGCUUAUAGGUUUGAAGUGUUGUGCAUUUGGAGAUACACUCCUACCCAGCACUGUAACGUGUGGUUAUUUUAGUUACUGUUGUCUCUUAGUUUGAACCAGUCUGGCCAUUUUUCCACAGAACGAUAUCAUGAACAAGACAUUUUAUCCACAGAAUUUGCUCAAUAGAUGUUUUUUUCCCCCAUCAUUCUCUACAAACUAAAAAAAAUUGUGUGCAUGAAAAUUGAUUAUAAUGUUCUGAAAUACUGAAACCACCGCAUCCAACGGCAACAAUUCAGUGGUCAGUCAGUGAGAUCUCAUUUCUACUCCAUUCUGAUGUUUGAUUUGAAAAAAAAUAACAACCUCUUGAGAAUGUCUCCACACGUUUAAGCAUUGAGUUGCUUCCAUGUCAUUAAAGGAAAACUCCAAGCAAGAUAAACACUACUGCCUGCUGUAGUGGUUAUGGUGACACCAGAACCCUAGCACCAGCCUAAUGUAAUUUGUCAAACUGUUUUCGAUUGGCUUGAUAAAUUAUUUGGGUCCCACUGGGUCCAGCAGUCACGCCUUCUAUUUCUGAGAUUCUCCUGCGGUAGAAUCCAGAUAGCUCAACUAAACUAAGCAUGGCCAUGCUUAUUGGCUGGGUGCACGAGCUGUAGUGGUUAUGGUGCUUGGAGUCUUUUAACAAGAGGUGUUCAGGAGUAUAUAUAAUAAAGUUACAUUGUUUUUUGUAAGAAUCUGACCUCCAGGCAGACAGGUUAUGCAGAGAGAAAUAUGUAAACCAAGCUGUGAGCCAAACCCUAAGUUUGGAGGAAAAGGAACCUUUUGAGUCCCAAUUAACACCAUUCACAUAACAUUUAAACCAUUCCGAACUACUAAAUGAUCUAAUUUCAAUAAACUAUUUUAUUUUCAGGAAAAUGUUAAUGAAAAUCAAACAAGAAUUUUAACCAACCUUUUCUUUAAUCUAGCUAUAAUACGUUUCUGGAAGCAAAGGUUGAACGAAGCGAUUCUGGAAAACAAUUGUGCGUGCCUCUACGGAUUGUAAAAAAUUGCCAGAUUUUGAGGUAUUUAUAGUGAUGAGGAUUAAAGUGAUGAGCAUUAUAUCACUUAAUAUUAUAAAAAUCAGAUGUGUUGUGUCACAGCAUCAAGAAUGUUCAACAAGAUACAUUUCUAUGAGAGAAUCUUUUUUUAUGUUUCAAAAAGGUAUGAGAAAUUCUCAAAGCUACAGUUGACCCACAUUUUAUAUUGCAUAAUAUGGAUAAUAACAAAACAAACUAAACUAAAGUAAUGCAAAAUAAAAUAUUAAUUGAGCUUCUGUUUACUGCAAAACCUUUACGAAGAAGUUGCAGCUUCUUCAGUAAGCUCUGUCUAGACAAGGAAGUGGCUCCCGCGUUAACCAAUCCUAGCCUUCCCAUUGCUUUCAGUAGAUGUGCAGAACAUAUCCAAUAGGGCCGCUAGGGAAGAUUUAAAAUGUUUUUUGUCCUCACCCAAUGUGUAGUGAAUGAGUGAUUAAUGUUGUAACUCGUAGCUUGUUGCGAGAGGCCAAUGUGAUUGUCUGAAUUGAUCCAGCCAAUCACAUUGGGUUUUUUGAGAUAUCACAACUGGGGAUCUACAUUUUGGCUACCCCGUGCUACAGAUAAAAUGUUAUAGAGGAAACACCCUUAUAUUUAAAUACAAAUUUGGAGGCAUAGAGAGUAAUGCAGGGACACCUUAAUAGCAAUUCAAUUUUAACUCCUCUCCUAAUACACAUUAAAGAGUUACAGGGGGAGGGGUAUUUGAAGGACUCCUCAACAUGGGUUCCUCUGGAUCUCCAUUUUAAUUUGUUUUAAUCCCCUAUUUCCACCAUAGGAGUAGAAGCAUGUAGGCAUGAUUUAAUGGUGCCUGUGGAAAUCACAAUAAUGAAUUUAUCCAUUUUCCUUAUUCACAUUUAUGAAUUUGGGAAAUCACUCCGGAAUCAAACAUUAUUCCCCUCUGAUCCCCCCCCAAAUUUGACACACAUUUAUUUUUAGUUUUGACAAUCUUUAUUUAUUCAGUCAUUUAUUUAUAAACAGUGUACAGUGAUUCUCCAAAUAAGAGUAUGUAGACUGUACGGCUCCACAUAUUGUUUAAAAUGAAAUGUCCACAAUUUUUUCCUGAUUGUUUUUCACAGCAUACUGUUUUUAACAGGCAUGUGCAAAUGAGUGCUAAGGUGUAGCGAAAGAGAGGGAGAGAAAAAAAAAUAUUUUCACUUUGCACUAAGGCAGGUGGGGUCCGUACCUAGAUCUGGAUAUUGAACCUAGGGGCCUCCUCUCUCCCAAUGAUAUAUUUUGUAUUUUGUCUGCAUUGAUUUUAGAUUGCUCAGUCUCCCGUAUGUCUCAAGUUCCUUAAUUAUGUUGGAUAAAGUUAUGUCCGGUCUUGAGACAAAAAAAAUAGCAUGUCAUCUGCAAAUGCAGCUUCUUUAUGUUCCUCUGUUUGAAUUGGGAGUCCAUGAAUAUCCGGGUUGUCUCAUAUGGCCUCCAAUAAUGGCUCUAAAGUUAGUAGAAACAAUAAUGGAGACAGGGGGCAACCCUGCCUGGUCCAGUUUGUGAUGAUGACUGUCAGCGCCCUGUUUAUUUUAAUUUAGGCUGUAUGGUUAAUACAGAGUGCCUACAUCCCCAAGUCCCAUCCUACGCAGUGUUGCGUGCAUAAACUGCCAGUCCAGCUGGUUGAAAGCCUUCUCUGUAUCAGCAGAGAGAAUCUCUGAGUGACAUUGUGAUUGCACAAACUGUAUCGCAUUCAACAUCCUAAUGGUGUUGUCUUUUGCCUCCCGGCUGGGACAAGGUCACACUGAUCCGGUUAGCAUCCUUUCUUGCACAGCCGCCAUGCCCCCAAAACACAUUUAUAGCUGAUUAAGCUGAUGCAGAUGUGUAGGGAUUGAAAGUAGUUUAGACAUUUUUAAAGAAUAGUACAUCUUUUACGCUACCACCAUUAUUUAUUCUUCUGAAUAUGUAUCAUGUGAAAAUGUUUUAGUUUAGUGAAUAACUUUAGCUGUGUAGUCUAGCAAAGAUUACCUGUAGUUGUAGUUUGCUAAUAAUCAGAGGUCCAAUAUUUGCAUAUGCCAAUUUUAGGAUUGUACGAACAUAUUUAUUCACAAUUACAUAAAACUAUUUCCUGUAGAAUAUGAGCAAAAAUGUCAGACUGCCAUAGAACUAAGAUUAUUUUAUGGCACGCAAUACACAGACAGUAGUUAAUGAAAGCAGAAGUUUUGUGGUUGGAGUAAAUCUAUGAAAAAGCUAAAAAAAAAAAAAGAAAUGAAAAUAACUAUAACUAAGAAAAAAGUAAAUUAAUGGAGUGCAAAACCACAGCAAAAAAUAUUUACAUUUUAAAGAAGCUCCCAUGACUUAAGUCAUUGGAAAAAUACACUCAUAUUACCGACACAACAAGUUAGUAAAAAUACUAUGACUCAAAGGAAGCAUGCCAUUAAUUAUUGCUUAAAAUUUUUUUUUUGAUGUUCUUGUCUUUCUUAAUGAUUUCAUAUAAGAUGGGAGACUAUAAUAAUAAUAGUCGGGUUGUUGUAAUCAGAAUUUUAUAAUUGUUUAAUACAAGGGUGACUUCUAUUGAUUGGUUACACCUAGUCUAAACUAUUAAGAUGAAAGUUGGAUUUACAUACGAGGCACUUUAGAACAAAAAAACCACAAAAAAACAACAUGAACAUUUGAUUCAAUCUGGUAUCUACCUUGAUAGACACUGGUGGGGUUCAAGGUAGGCAGACAGACACUGGUGGGGUUCAAGGAAAGCAGAUAGACACUGGUGGAGUUCAAGGUAAGCAGAAAGACACUGAUGGGGUUCAAGCUAAGUAGAUAGACACUGGUGGGGUUCAAGGUAGGCAGAUCGACACUGGUGGGGCUUGCACUUGUCUUGAUGCGAGAGACCCACAGGACUGUGACCUAUUGUGCUCAGAAUCGUAUCUCCUUACUCUGCAUCUUAACACUCUGUAAUUUUUACAUGUAAUGCUUAACUAUUGUGUAUUUUUGUGGGCUUUUUAUUUUUAAUAAAUGUUUUCUGUAUUAGACCAGUAAUUGUGAUCUAAAUAAUAUGGAAUCUUCUAAUCCUAUAGUUGUCUUUGUACCUACAACCAAGUUUUGAUUGAUUGAUUUAUAUAUUUAUUGCUUAUUAAUCUAAGGAAUACACUUGAGGAUGUAGGAGACACACUUCGAGUCAAGUCUACUCUGUAUUUGGAAAUAAUAAAUAUUAUUCAUGAAAUUGAGGAUCGUGGAAUCAAACUCUUCUCCGCCACCUUGAAAUUAACAUUCAAGGUAUGUUGUAUUCAAAUAAUAAUUAAUACUUAAGUCAUCUGCUCGCAAAAAUUCAAUAACCUGUUUCACAAUAAUUUAAAUUGUUGACAUAAUUCCUUAUCUUAGCUGUAGCUAUCAAAACAGAUCUCAACUCAUCUGUCGAAAAGAACAUAACAAUCUGUAUGGACAGAGAAUAUCACAAAGCAAUAAAAUAUAGGAAUUGGGUUUUAUUUACAAAUGUGAAAAUUCUGCAUUGUAGCUAUAACUCUUAAUUUGCUAGCAUCUCACGAGUGACACACUUCAGUAUGUCCUAGGGUAGGUGCCAAUUUAGAGCCACAUAUGUGAGCAAUUUUACUAUUCUAGACGUUAGUUCCUCUUUGGAUUAGAACAUCCAGCUGCUGAAUUAUAUGGAUCGAUCAUAUAUUGGAGGGAAGGGGGGGUGGGGGAACAUUCAGCUGCAGACAACGUGCAAUUUGUGUGAACCCGUUUAGUGGUUUGCAAAUUGCAAUAUGAGCGAAACGCAGCGGUUUCUGUAUCACCCUUUAAUCACGCAAGUGCAUAUACCUUAGUACACUUCAUUGGUUCCGCAUUACACUAAAAUAGACCACACCAAAAGGUUUGGGUCAGAUAGAGAAAAGGUCCAAAAUAUGCAACACAUCUUAUAAUGUCCCCAUUUGGGGUUUUGUAUGAUUGUUUUGUGAUGUUAGAGGAAGACAGAGAUAUAAUGUCCCAGAGAAAUUAGUAACAUUGUAGGUGAACAGGACAGUAUAACUAUAUAUAUCCCUUACCUAUAUUACAAUGUUAUCUUUACACAGAUUACAGUUUGUACCUAUGCCCAUUUUCCUAUAGAUUUUUUGUCUUAAAAGCAUACAUGGCUACUGCGAAUAAAUGUCAUCACGUACCAUUUUUACUUUUUUUUUGCUUCCUCAUUCCACAGUUUUGGACUUUAUCUACGUAGCUUAAAUAUCAAACAAAAAGCAUGUUGUAUAUGUCAGUUAUUCGGCGAAUGUAUUUCAUGUUGCAAUGUUAAUGCUUUAAAAACUACACGAAGACGAUCAAUCCUUUAAAAAAAAAGAGUAUUUUUUUCCCUGCAACUUAUUUAAACUGUACUCAUUUAAUAGAGAUAUAACACAAAAUAAUUUAUUUUUACACAAGAAAAUUAAUCAAAGACAACCUGUAUGAACCCUAUGAGUGACACCUUCCCCAUUGUCCGUAUCAGCAUGUACAUUUGGUGUGAGCAUGCGUUGUCGGUACGUCUUAACAGACAACCAUUACUCGCUCUACAUACAUUAUAGGGAGCCAUUUAGCUUACACACAAAGAGCAGAUCAAAUAUCUAUUACAAACCCCCCCCCCCCCACAGGGGUCACUCAUCAAGCCCCUACGCAUUCCUUGAUUUAAUGUACAACACGGUGAAUGAGAAUAUAUUGGGGCCAGGGGAAUGUCCAACGGAACCCUUGGCCAAUUACUUAUUAGCCUAUAAGGGCCUGUUGUUAUCCUGCAGGAGAUAUUAGCAGUAUCCAGUAAUUCCCUGUUGCUAAUGGUGAGAUGCUGCAGUUGAUAAACAUCUGUCACUCAUGAAGGUCAGUAACAGCAACUUAAAGCAUAUUGACAACAUAAAUAACUGUAGCAGAAUGAACGUUGUAAUACCCUUUUUCAUUUCCUUUGUUCGGCUGUCUGUACCCACCGUUUGUUAACCAAACCCCAUCUGUGUGGCCCCUGGGUUCGCAUCAUUUAAUCAAAAAUUGCUUGUUAAAGAAAGCGUUUCCCCUGUGUGGCCGCUGUUCAUAUUACCAAACGCAUGUGUGCAAACAAAUGUCAGCCAUUUUGUCUCUCAAACACGGGCAGCGGUACAUGGUCGUCGACGACCUGGAACUAAUUUUGGCUACUUUACUCCGUGAACACCAGGUAAACGGAUGCUGCUGCCCAUCCAACUUCCCGAACCAGUAGGAGAAAUACGUUCGGGAGACCUAAACUAACGAACUGGGGCAACAUUCUAUGUUAGCAGCCAGGGGGAGCCUUCGUCAGCAUUUGUAUGAGAACCCCCGAAAGAAGACCGGCCGUAUUACAAGGAUUCUACAGCGAAGAUAUUUAUGCUGAAUAUUGGAGCUCCGCUACAAUAACUUACCCAUAGUAAUUACUAAUGUUUAUUGAAAUGACAAAUAGCGGUAUGUAGGUAGUGUAGGACAGCCCUAGGUGUCCUACAAAUAAUCUUGCAUUUCUUCCUUUGUGGUUAUAAUAUUUAUAAAUUGACAUUUAUUUUUAUUCUCUGUGACAGAAACCUUUUAAAAACUACUUUACUGAUAACAUCAAAUUUAAAGAUGUCCUUCAGGAACUUCAAAACAGCAUCGAACAUGCGGGAAUACAAAAUAACAAGGUGAGAAAAGAAUGAUUCAAUUUGGCAUUUAAUUAGAACACGAAGGAAGUUCUCUCAAGUUCUGAUUUGUCAAUUAUUGUUAGAAGGAUUUAUCAAUGUGUUCUAGGAGCAGGAGUAACAGGUGAGCACAGCGGCACAGCUAACAAACAGAAGGAUACAUUGCAAGAAUUUUUCUUCACUCUCCCCCCCCCAUUUUUCUUUAAAUGCACUAAAAGGGAUACUGUAAUGCAGGGCUCAAAAUUUUAAUUUGUCCAUUAGCAGUUGGCGAGUGGAAAUUCAUCCCUGGCAAAUAGAAAUUUAACCUGGAUGAGCGUGUCAUGGACCAUCAAGGCUUGCAGUAACGAGUAACUGUUUGGUCUACCUGGCAGAUUAGGACUUGAAAUUUUGAGCUACCAGGAGACCCCCUAGUGACGGUCAAUGGCUGUCAAUUUGUUUACAACUCUCAGCCAAAUAAUACUAUCCAAACUUGGUAUGAUAAUGCGGAAGUAUAAACUUAUAGUUUGUAAUAUGUUUUCAGACAGGAAACAGAAUAAAAUCAGUGUCCUUUUCACAUGUUACCGUUACAUGGAGCUAGGGGACUCCUGGUACCAUAACCUGAAACAAAAAAUUAAUUAAAUAUAUAUUAUAUAUCACAUACAACAGACAGGAUUCAGUAAGGGUGAGAGAGAAUUCAAAGUGAAUUCCACAUUAUUAGCCAAAUUAGUAACAUUUAAGACCGCUAUGUUUUCAGUUUGGCUAUUGGAGAGGAGGAAAGCAUCGGAGUCCAGAAUGAUAAUUUUCUUCAACACUAAAGAUAAUGGACUUGAUUUGAAUAGGGACCUCUUGGAACACUCCAGAAGUUUUAUAUGAGUACUUCAUCUCCAUCUCAUCGAGACAGUAUAUACAGGGAGUGCAGAAUUAUUAGGCAAGUUGUAUUUUUGAGGAUUAAUUUUAUUAUUGAACAACAACCAUGUUCUCAAUGAACCCAAAAAACUCAUUAAUAUCAAAGCUGAAUAUUUUUGGAAGUAGUUUUUAGUUUGUUUUUAGUUAUAGCUAUGUUAGGGGGAUAUCUGUGUGUGCAGGUGACUAUUACUGUGCAUAAUUAUUAGGCAACUUAACAAAAAACAAAUAUAUACCCAUUUCAAUUAUUUAUUAUUACCAGUGAAACCAAUAUAACAUCUCAACAUUCACAAAUAUACAUUUCUGACAUUCAAAAACAAAACAAAAACAAAUCAGUGACCAAUAUAGCCACCUUUCUUUGCAAGGACACUCAAAAGCCUGCCAUCCAUGGAUUCUGUCAGUGUUUUGAUCUGUUCACCAUCAACAUUGCGUGCAGCAGCAACCACAGCCUCCCAGACACUGUUCAGAGAGGUGUACUGUUUUCCCUCCUUGUAAAUCUCACAUUUGAUGAUGGACCACAGGUUCUCAAUGGGGUUCAGAUCAGGUGAACAAGGAGGCCAUGUCAUUAGAUUUUCUUCUUUUAUACCCUUUCUUGCCAGCCACGCUGUGGAGUACUUGGACGCGUGUGAUGGAGCAUUGUCCUGCAUGAAAAUCAUGUUUUUCUUGAAGGAUGCAGACUUCUUCCUGUACCACUGCUUGAAGAAGGUGUCUUCCAGGAACUGGCAGUAGGACUGGGAGUUGAGCUUGACUCCAUCCUCAACCCGAAAAGGCCCCACAAGCUCAUCUUUGAUGAUACCAGCCCAAACCAGUACUCCACCUCCACCUUGCUGGCGUCUGAGUCGGACUGGAGCUCUCUGCCCUUUACCAAUCCAGCCACGGGCCCAUCCAUCUGGCCCAUCAAGACUCACUCUCAUUUCAUCAGUCCAUAAAACCUUAGAAAAAUCAGUCUUGAGAUAUUUCUUGGCCCAGUCUUGAUGUUUCAGCUUGUGUGUCUUGUUCAGUGGUGGUCGUCUUUCAGCCUUUCUUACCUUGGCCAUGUCUCUGAGUAUUGCACACCUUGUGCUUUUGGGCACUCCAGUGAUGUUGCAGCUCUGAAAUAUGGCCAAACUGGUGGCAAGUGGCAUCGUGGCAGCUGCACGCUUGACUUUUCUCAGUUCAUGGGCAGUUAUUUUGCGCCUUGGUUUUUCCACACGCUUCUUGCGACCCUGUUGACUAUUUUGAAUGAAACGCUUGAUUGUUCGAUGAUCACGCUUCAGAAGCUUUGCAAUUUUAAGAGUGCUGCAUCCCUCUGCAAGAUAUCUCACUAUUUUUGACUUUUCUGAGCCUGUCAAGUCCUUCUUUUGACCCAUUUUGCCAAAGGAAAGGAAGUUGCCUAAUAAUUAUGCACACCUGAUAUAGGGUGUUGAUGUCAUUAGACCACACCCCUUCUCAUUACAGAGAUGCACAUCACCUAAUAUGCUUAAUUGGUAGUAGGCUUUCGAGCCUAUACAGCUUGGAGUAAGACAACAUGCAUAAAGAGGAUGAUGUGGUCAAAAUACUCAUUUGCCUAAUAAUUCUGCACUCCCUGUAUUUUUUACAUUAAACAUUUACGACCUGCAAUAACAAUCUAUUUGUUUCUGUUUGUAGAUUGUUAUCAAGACCGAGCUGUGUGUUAUUGUUGGAUUGUACAUUCAAGCCUUUUUUAACUACUCGAACAAAAUAGAAGGCACGAGUAAAGCUGAAGCGUUUAUGAAUGGAAGUAAACCUUUGCAGAAUUUCUUCCAAAGCUUAGUGAGUGUUGAUAUAUUUAAAUAAACAAGUGAUCUGUAAUGUGAUGCGCACCACCUGGUACCAAAAGGUUGAAACUGGUUCUUAAAGGAACACUCCAAGUACCAUAACCACUACAGCGCACUAUGGUGCCAGGAGAGCCUGUCCCAAUAUAAAUAGUCUUGCUUCUGUGGGGGAGGGUGGCAGGACACUCCUGGUACCAUAACAACUACAGUGAAUUCUGCUCUGUUGUAGUUAAGAUGCUUGGAGAGUCCCUUCAAUACUAAUUGCAUGUAGUUUUACUCAACUGGGUAAUUCUUUGUUAUAAAAAUACUUUAAAGGUAAUUUAACUACUUCCGUUUCUGAAUUUAGAAUUUUCAAACAUUUUACAUAUGUGCUGGACCUCAUUCCAUCACUAGUGAUUUCCAGAUAGCCCAGCAUGGCAUGAUUUGGGCAUUUCCAAUUCUGUUGGGAUACUGAAAAAUUUAGACUCAUUUCUUUUGCUAUCAGUAGAGGAGAAACAUGACAACCAACACAGCCAGUCAUUUUUUAAGGAUUUUAAAAUAGAUACAAUCAGUGGCAAGUUAAACAAGGAACGGCAGGGGAUGCGCAGUGCACCUUUCUCCCAACGAGCAAUAGGGUGUUAGUGGCAGUGCAGAGUGACUGCCACUUUAGCUAUAACUGAAUCGUCAGUAAAUGAUAGUGACAAGGUAGGAAAUUAGGUCUUUGUUUUUACGACUCAGCUAUUUAAUUUUAUUUUACAGCUUAACUUAAACGUGCAUAGAUGUGUAAAUGAAAAUCCUGGUGUAAGUGUCUGUUUAAAAUAGAAUUGUAUUUUAUCUUUAAUUUCUCAAAUAUAGGUGUCAGACGAGGUGAAGAGGAAGGAUCCUUUGCAAUAUAUCAUAAAUAUACUCAAUUCUCAAGAUAGUAAGUCUUUAGAAACAACCAUCGCUUUCUUUAGUAACGACCAUCAAGACUUAAGGUAAAUUAAUACGGACUUUCUCUGUGAAUUUUUUUGCCAUUGUGGAGUUAAAUCACUUUGUUUAUGCAGUCGUAGCCACGCCUCCCUUGGCUGUGACUCACACAGCCUACCUACACACUUCCUGUAAAGAGAUAAUUUUCAUAUUUCCUUUACUGCACAGUCUGUUUAAUUUAGAAUUUCUCAUCUCCUGCUCUGUUAAUUCCAUGCUAGAUCCUACAAGAGCCUUCUGUGUGUGUUCAACAAACAGAGCUGGAGAUAAAGUAAACAAAGAGUGCGGAGUCAGAUCAGCUAAAGUUUUUUUGGUGCUUAGAAUCAUAAAGUGUGCUAUCAACGGAAUUAUCAGUAUAUGAAAGGAAAAAGAUUAUAAAAGGUGCUUCAACACUCUUAGCACCAGAACCGCUAUCGUUUAUAGUAGAUUAUUGAGUGUCAGCUGACAUGAUCAGUCAGUGAAUGAUGGAAAAAGUUGCCCAGCCUUGUUCUUGCUCAUUUGGAUAAGAAUCUCCACUUUUGUUAAUACGGAGCAGACUAGAAUGACCUGUUAACCCAGAUAAGUGUCAAACUGUUCUAAAAUUGUUUGACUCCUUACUGUGUGACCGUAACUGUUACAUCAAUCUCUAUAACUUGUUACGUGAUUAAGCAAUCGUUAAUUGGAUGGUGUUAACAUAUAAUGGCCUAAUAACAUGUCAUUGCAUCCAAUUAAUUGCUCAUUAAAGGAACACUAUAACGAUAGGUGUAAAAAUCGGUUUUCCGAAUGCUAUAGUGCUUCUGUCCCUACUUGUAGUCAGAUACCCUCCAACUGCAAAAUAAUGUGACAAAAAAGUUUUACUUACACUUUUCCAGCACCAAUGCCCCCUUGGCACUGCUCACCUCCCUGCCUCCCACAAUAUCACGGAGGCCUCCUCUGGUGUGGUCCAAUCGAAUGCUCUUCAUAGAGGAGUAUUGGGACCCAGUGCAUAUGUGUGGUGAGCGCAUUCCAAUUAUCACAUUGGAAAACAUUGAAUCAAUGCUUUCCUAAUGGCUUCCACAUCAUGUGACAGAUUUUUACUCUGUCAGUGCGGAGUAGGCACCUCUUGUAGCGGUUAUACUGACAACCACUAGAGGCAGUCUUAAUGCUGCUAUGUAAACAUUGCAGUAUCUCAAAAACUUAAAUGCUUUACAUUGUAGGGUUAAGAGGAUGGGGACCCUGCACCCACAUCACUUUAAUGAGAUGAAGUGGUCUGGGGGACUAGUGUCCCUUUAAGUUGCUCCGCCAUUGUUCUUGCCAGACAAUGCCUUUAAGCUCCUUAUUAAAUAUAUCUCCAUGGCUCGGUAAGAUAUUAUUACACACUUGUAACGGUGAAUUUUUCCUGUUGUCCUUGAAAUGCUAAUGGUCUCACUUUGUUUUAUUUUUAAGGGAAGAACAUCUGAAUGCUAUUCUAAAAAUUAAAGGAAACAUUAGCUUUACAGAAAAGAAAAGACUUGUGUAUUUCAUAAAACACAGAAAAUCUGAUCAUCAAGAAGACAAACUCUUUUUCUUCCGUGAUAUCAAGGUGAAGCCAUUUUGUCCAUGGUGCUGUGUCAGCUGA